UAUUAUGUACCUUACUAGCAUUGUGUGUCUGACUUUUGUUGCUGUAACAAGUGUCAAUGCUCCAAACGUUGUUGUUUACCAGUCGCCUCUUGACUAUACACGGGCAAUCUUUGAAAUCUUUCUGCUUCUAAAUGCUGCUCGCAUUUUAGAAAUUGAAAUUUAUCAAAUUAUCAGGCUGAAAAAGGAGUAUCUUGUGGACAAAAUGAAUAUUGUUGAGAUUACAUCACCAGUUAUGUUGAUUCUGUUGUUGCCUGUGCGUUAUAUACAUGAGCAAACUCACUGGUAUAUAUAUGCUGUGACGUAUUUAGUUUGGUUUCUGCAAAUAAUCAAAUAUGCCCCGGUCUUCAAGUUUACCGGGGUGUUCGUCGAUUCGCUACAGAAAAUGUUUGUAAAAGAUAUCCUGAGGUUUGGGAUUAUCCUUUCUAUCACGAUCGUCGUAUUUUCCGGAACAUUUCUUUUGGUAUUGAAGGCUGAAAAUACGCUUCAGUUACACGAAGAAACAACGUCGUUUUGGAAGAUAGGGAUUGUUGGUAUAAGAAUCAUGAUUGAAUCGGACGGUAUUGUUGAAUACACUGGAGACGAUGGGUAUAAAUUUGCUGGUGCGAUGGUAAUGAUGGCAUUUAUGUUCUUUAUUAUUGUUGUGCUAUUGAACAUGAUGAUAGCGAAACUGAUGAACACAUACAGGGAGAUAGAGAACACUUCACUGAACGGUUUUCAUGUCAGACGAGCAAAGAUAGUAGCACGCUUGGAAAGAGAACACAUGCCAUUUCCAUUUGAUAUUUUCAAAAUAGUGAGUUAUUUGCUGUUAUGUAAAUAAUCAUAAAUUUUC